AUGUCGUACAACCGUCUUGGCCCAUACGGCCGCCAUUCGCCUGACGAGGACGACGAACAUUACGGCGCCCAGUCGCAAAACCCAUUCAUGGAUCCUCGCGCCGGCAGAUCACCGUCCCCCGGACAUCCUUUAGAGUCGUAUGCCUUGCACGAUAACCCCUAUACUCAUGACGAACCGCUACACAUGCCCAUGGGUCCUGGUCCUCGUCCAGGCGCUUCGCCUAUGCCUGGAACCUCCUCAGACAGACUCCAUCCUCAGCCUACAUUCUCGGUAGAGCACGUUCCAGGAACUUACGGCCACAGCGACAGCUACGACUCGCAGCACCAUUACCAAACAAGCCCUGUCUACGGUUCGGGUGAUUAUGCCCUAUCUCCUGAAGACCACCAUGACGCAUAUCACAAUGAGCCUUACCAACCUGCUAUCACUCCUAUGGAAGAGGUGUACGGCCCUCCCUCUGGCGACCAGCAUCCCCACUACUGGCAGGACGAGGUCGACACACACCCUAUUUUGCAACAGGACUCUGCAUAUGGGCCUGAUCCUCACCAAGUACCCACUCCAAUGGCAGAAGAAGAGAUGGAAAUGAACGCAGACCAACCACAAUCAGGAGGCGGUAUUCGGAGAUGGAAGACGGUCAAGGAAGUCCAGCUCUUCAACGGCAAUCUGGUACUCGACUGCCCCAUACCUCCGAGACUGUUGAACCAGAUUCAGCACGCUCAGCCUCCCGAGCGUGACGAGUUCACACACAUGCGCUACUCGGCAGCCACCUGCGAUCCUUCCGAAUUUUACUCAGAGCGUUUCACCUUGCGCCAGAAGCUUUUUGCCAAACCCAGACAUACCGAGCUGUUCAUCGUCAUCACCAUGUACAACGAGGAAGAUGAGCUCUUUGCUCGCACAAUGAUUGGUGUUAUCAAGAACAUUGAAUACAUGAACUCGCGAAACAGCAGCAAAACUUGGGGCAAGGAGGCUUGGAAGAAGAUUGUCGUUUGCGUUGUCAGCGAUGGUCGUGCGAAGAUCAACCCUCGUACCAGAGCCGUUCUCGCAGGUCUGGGUGUUUAUCAAGACGGCAUCGCCAAGCAGCAGGUCAAUGGCAAAGAUGUCACUGCUCACAUCUACGAGUAUACCACACAGAUGACCCUCGAGCUUAAGAAAGGCGUGGUCUCUGUCAAGAAGGGAAAUACCCCUGUUCAGAUGCUGUUCUGUCUCAAGGAGAAGAACCAGAAGAAAAUCAACUCUCACAGAUGGUUCUUCCAGGCCUUUGGUGAGGUUCUCGACCCCAACAUUUGUGUUCUGAUCGACGCCGGUACAAAGCCAGGAAAAGACUCUAUCUACAAGCUAUGGAAGGCUUUCGACCUUGAGCCCAUGUGUGCUGGUGCUUGUGGUGAGAUCAAGGCUAUGCUGGAUCAUGGCAAAACUCUCGUCAACCCGCUAGUCGCUGCGCAAAACUUCGAGUACAAGAUGAGCAACAUCCUUGAUAAGCCUCUUGAAUCUGCUUUUGGAUUCAUUAGUGUUCUUCCCGGUGCCUUUUCUGCUUACCGCUUCAUGGCUCUUCAAAAUGACAAGACUGGCCAAGGCCCUCUCGAGAAGUACUUUGCUGGUGAGAAGAUGCAUGGUGCCAAUGCCGGUAUUUUCACUGCCAACAUGUAUCUCGCUGAAGACCGUAUCCUCUGUUUCGAAUUGGUAUCAAAACGCAACUGCUCUUGGAUCCUGCAAUACGUCAAGUCGGCUACUGGCGAGACUGAUGUUCCCACUGAGAUGGCUGAUUUCAUUCUGCAAAGAAGACGUUGGCUGAACGGCAGUUUCUUUGCUGCCGUCUAUGCCCUCGCUCAUUUCCAUCAAAUCUUCCGCAGCAACCACUCUGUUGGUCGCAACUUCAUGUUCAUGGUCGAGUUCUUCUACCAGGGUGUCAGCAUGCUCUUCGCUUGGUUCGCUAUCGGCAACUUCUUCCUCGUUUUCCGCAUUCUCACAGGUUCACUCUCGGAUUCAAGUCUCAAUUUCGCGCCUGGAAAAGUGUUAGGUGUGCUCUUCGAGUGGAUCUACCUUGCUGUCUUGAUCACUUGUUUCGUCCUUGCGCUCGGUAAUCGUCCACAAGGUUCAAAUAAAUUUUACUUGACUCAGGUCUACUUCUGGGCAAUCCUCAUGGCAUAUCUCAUGUUUGCAACUGUGUUCAUCACUGUCAAGUCUGUACAGGCACAACUCAAAGAGCACGACCACUUCACUUUCAGCAUGUUAUUCACCAACUCGUUGUUCCUGACGCUCAUCGUAUCGAUGGCCAGUACCUACGUCCUGUACUUUGUCGCCUCCUUCAUGUUCUUGGACCCUUGGCACAUGUUCACGUCCUUCUUACAGUAUCUUCUUCUCACGCCGACUUACAUCAACAUUCUCAACGUCUACGCUUUCUGCAACACUCACGACAUCACUUGGGGUACCAAAGGAGAUGACAAACCAGAAAAGCUGCCCUCUGCAGUCACCAAGCCUGGUGGCAAAGUCGACGUUACAAUUCCCAGCGACGACCAUGAUCUGAACAGUCAAUAUGAAGAAGAACUUCGCGUAUUCUCCACCAAAUGGGUUCCUCCUGUCAAGGUUGCUUCCGCGUCUGAGAAGCAUGAAGACUAUUACAAGGGAUUCAGAAGUGCUGUCGUUCUGGCCUGGAUGUUCUGCAACCUCGCUCUCGCUGCAGUGGUCCUCAACACAGGAGGUCUGAACCGCGUCUCAAUCGGCACUCAAGACGACAACCAGCGCAGCACCAUCUACAUGAGUGUCGUGCUAUGGAGUGUUGCAGUUCUCAGUGCUUUCAGAUUUAUUGGAGCCUGCUGGUUUUUGGUGGUUAGACUUAUCAGAGGUGUUUAG